AUGUCACCCCCACUUGACUCUGCCCUGGAGCCACUGUCCGAAUACAAGGAAACAGCCUUUCCCAGAACUGAAAAAGACCCGUCGCAGUACAAAGAGCACGACCUUGUAACGCCUGAAAAAGAAAUCCAGACUGGGUACUUUUCGCCGCGUGGAAGCCACAGCAGCCACGGUUCUCACGACUCCAGCGCCUCCUCCAAUAUCAGCCUCGACGACGCCCGGAUGUCAGAUGUGAACAAUUCGCCAAAUGUAUUCCAUGACGACCCAGAUACGAUCGACGAGAAGUUGUCGAUGUACUGGAAGGCGGCGAAUGAAACGGUGAUUAGAGAGCCGUAUGACUACAUCGCUGGGAUCCCAGGCAAAGAGAUCCGCCGAAAGCUCUUGGAGGCCUUCAACCACUGGUACAAAGUUGACGAACAGUCGUGCCAGGCUAUUGCAACCACUGUUGGUAUGGCACACAAUGCAUCCCUGCUCAUCGACGAUAUUCAAGACAGUUCCAAGCUCCGAAGAGGUGUUCCAUGCGCACAUGAAGUGUUUGGCAUCGCCCAGACCAUUAACUCCGCCAACUAUGUCUACUUUCUGGCGCAAAACCAGCUGUUUAGACUGCGGAGCUGGCCCCAGGCAAUUUCGGUAUUCAACGAAGAAAUGGUCAAUUUGCACCGCGGUCAAGGCAUGGAGCUAUUCUGGCGGGAUAACCUGCUGCCUCCGUCCAUGGAUGACUAUCUGCAGAUGAUCGCUAACAAGACAGGUGGACUGUUUCGGAUGAUAGUGCGGCUGCUCCAGACAAGCAGCAGACAGGUCAUUGACGUCGAGCAGUUGGUGGAUGUUCUUGGGCUUUACUUUCAGAUCCUCGACGACUACAAGAAUAUCAGAGAAGAGAAGAUGGCCGCCCAGAAAGGGUUCUUCGAAGACCUGACGGAGGGCAAAUUCUCGUUCCCCAUUUGCCAUGCAAUCGGAGAAGGGGCCAAGAACAGAACUGCUCUGCUCCAUAUGUUGAGGCUCAAAACGGAUGACAUGAAGAUCAAGCAAGAAGCAGUCUGCAUACUGGACAAUGCUGGCAGUUUAGAUUACACGCGAGAGGUGCUUUACGGGCUGGACAGGAAGGCUCGCAGUCUGCUUCGGGAGUUCAAGACUCCGAACCCUUUCAUGGAGGCUCUUUUGGAUGCAAUGUUGAGCAGCCUUCAGGCAUGCCAUUGA